UCUUGAAACAAUGAGAGUGUGUUCCUGUAUUUGCUGCUGCAGGUAUUACUGUGUCAGUAGGGCCCAGACCCCAGUGCCCACUGAUGGACUCUCAGGAGCUCCGUGUCCCCUGGGUCACUUUUGCCCUCUUGGAUCCAAGAGUCCAGAACCGUGUCCUGCUGGCUCCUACAUGCCACAGACCCAUGGAGAGAAGUGCCAUGCUUGCCCAGAGGGUGAAUACUGUGUCCCUGGUGAGCAACCAGAGCCAUGUCCCCAGGGGCAUUUCUGUCCCAAGGGCACAGCUCUUCCAAUGGCUUGUCCAGCAGGAUCAUAUAACCCCUCGCAAAGGCAAGCCAGCUGUCUUCCCUGUCCCCAAGGGUUCUUCUGUCCCAAAAAUUCCUCUUCCUUUCUGGACAAUGAGUGUUCAGCUGGCCACUACUGCCCUACCAGCACAGCUUCUGCCACUCAGUUUCCAUGUCCUGAGGGCACUUACAACCCACAAAAUGGGAGCAGCCUGGUAUCUCACUGUAUCCCCUGUGAGCGAGGGCACUACUGUGCACUCACAGGGCAGGCAAGUGUUACAGGGCCCUGUCUGGCUGGGUUCUACUGCAGUGGAGGCUCUUCUAAUCCAGCACCCACAGAUGGUCUUCUGGGGGACGUGUGCCCAAAGGGGACUUACUGCCCUAUGGGCACUGCCUUUCCACGGCCGUGCCCUCCUGGUUAUUACAGCAACUCAAGUGGGAAUACUGGGAUUGAGGACUGCCUUCUGUGUGAUGCAGGGUAUUUCUGCAGUGGGACUGGACUUUUAUCUCCAACUGGGUUAUGUGAAGGUGGAUUCUACUGCAGUGGAGGAGCCAUUUCUCCUAAACCUCCCAGGAUAACAGUCAGUGGAGGACCGUGUCCACCUGGACAUUACUGCCUAGCAGGGAGCAGCAGAGCCCAGCCUUGCCCUGCAGGGAGUUACAGCCCAUCCUGGAGCAUGGUGCAGUGUUUGGAGUGCCCUGAAGGUUUUUACUGUGAGACUGCUUCCACAAACUACACGGAUUGCCCUGCAGGUCACUACUGCCCCAGGAAUACCAAAUUUGCCACGCAGUAUCCUUGUCCUCCUGGAACAUACAGUGAUGCUUUAAAUAUCUGGGAUGCUUCCAAGUGCCAGCUGUGUCCUCCUGGAAGGGUCUGUUCCAAGCCAGGCCUAGCAAGACCAGAUGGACUGUGCAUGCCUGGAUGGUUUUGUCCACCUGGAUCCAUGUCAAGCAAGCCAAUGUUUCCUGGAAAUCACUCAGUGGGCAUGGCAGCUCCAGCUUCUGGAUCUUUUGGGCAGUGUCAAGCAGGAACCUUUUGUCCUGUCGGUUCAUUUCUUCCUAUUCCCUGCACUCCAGGUAUGUACUGUGCAACUGCAGAGCUAUCAGCUCCAUCAGGUCCCUGUGAGGCUGGCUUCUACUGCACGGGGGGCUCCGUGCUGCCAAACCCCAUGGAUGGAGCAGUGGGGAACAUUUGUCCUCAAGGCCACUUCUGUCCUGCAGGGAGUUCUUCUCCAUCUCCUUGUCCCCGAGGCUCCUUUCUGGCUCAUCGUGGUGGCCAGUCAGCACAGGACUGCCAGGCCUGCUUCCCAGGGUGGUUCUGUUCUGAGUGUGGUCAGAGCUCCCCAGAAGGUCUGUGUGAGGAAGGGUGGUUCUGCCCGGAGGGCUCUGUGUCUGGGCAGCAUUCAGAUUAUUUAUGUCCUGUGGGUCACUAUUGCCCCACUGGCAGCCCUGAGCCCAUACCCUGCCCCUCUGGAAAAUACCAGGACCAGACUGGUAAAAACCAGUGUGAAAUGUGCCCAGCAGGAAUGUUCUGUGCCCUUGAAGACCAUCCAUCCAGUCUCCGUAACAACUCACGUGGAGUGAUCAAACCAAUAGUCUGCCCAGCGGGAUAUUACUGCCUCCUGGGCACAAAAGCUGGCAAUCAGUACCCGUGCCCAGCGGGGACUUACAGUAACAAAACUGGACUGAGAAACCCUAAGGAGUGCUUGCCUUGUCCUGGAGGCAUGUUUUGUGCCAGUGCAGGACUUGUUUCCCCAAGUGGUCCUUGUUUGCCUGGGUAUUACUGCACUUUAAAGGCAAAGGUACCCAAUCCUGCCAAUGAUGCCACUGGUGGCCUUUGCCCAGCAGGCCAUUACUGCCCAGCAGGCAGCAACGAGCCACAGCCGUGUCCUUCUGGCAUGUUUUUGCCUCAGUCUGGGAUGGCUUACUAUAAUGCCUGUCUGCCCUGCCCAGGAGGGAAGUUCUGCCAAGGAAAUGGCUUGAUGAGCAUUUCUGGAUUGUGUUCUGCUGGCUAUUUUUGUGAUGGUGAAUCCACACGGCCAGACCACAAGCAGUGUCCCCCUGGCUUUUACUGUCCUGAAGGCUCUGAAUCCCCAGUUCCUUGCAGCCCUGGUCACUUCAACUCUGAGAGAGGAAAGUGGCAGCCAGCAGACUGUCAGCUCUGCCCAGCUGGGUAUUUCUGCAGUGGUUCUGGAGCACACACUCCUGAGCUGUGCCCUAGUGGGUACUUCUGUCUGCCAGGUACCAACUUCAGUACAGAGCAUCCAUGUCCAAAGGGUACCUUUGGCCCCAGGACUGGUGCCACCAGCAACUCUGACUGUGAGCCCUGCCCAGCAGGCAUGUAUUGCUCAGCACCAGGUCUUUCACAGCCCUCUGGAUUUUGCUAUUCAGGUUACCAUUGUGCCAAGGGAGCCAUCAGCCCAACCCCUUUCAAAAACAGGGUGGAAUUUGCGGGCUCUGUGUUGCCUGGUAAUGAUAUCUGUCCUGCAGGGCAUUUCUGCCCCAAUGGAACUGAGAAUCCCAUGCCUUGCCCUCCUGGGUCCUUCUCUGCUGUCAGGGGCCUGCAGGCAGAAGAGCAGUGCCAGCCCUGCCCUGCUGGCCGAUAUUGCAGCAGGGCAGGAUUGUUUGAUCUGGCUCAGACGUCGCUGUGUAAUGCAGGGUAUGUUUGUCUGGAAGGAAGCUCUGCUCCCUGCCCUUCUGAUGGGAUUUAUGGAUACAGAUGUCCCAGUGGCUUCUACUGUCCUGCUGGCACUGGACUAGAACUGCCCUGUGAGCCUGGCACCUUCAGCCCUAUGCCUGGGGCAAGUACUUGCCUCCCUUGCCCAGCUGGUAUGGCCUGCAGCCAUGCAGCCACUGCAGAGCCACUCAGCUGCCCCAGAGGUUAUUAUUGUCCAGCUAGGACUGCUGCUCCCCUGCCGUGCCCUGAAGGGACACUAAAUACCAUGGAAGGGGCAUUGGCCCCCACUGCUUGCAAGCUGUGUCCAGUGGGGAGGUACUGCAGAGGAGAUGCUAACUGGGAACCUGAUGGUCUGUGUUCAGCAGGGUACUAUUGUGAAGGAGGAGCCACUGAUGCAGUUCCACAUGGGACACCAGCGUUCCCUCUCAGUGGGCCCUGCCCUCUUGGACAUUAUUGUCCUGAGGGCACUCCUUUCCCAGUUGCCUGCCCAGUUGGGACCUUGAACAACAGCACAGGUGGUACCUCUCCAGAGAGCUGUGUGCCAUGCUAUCCUGGGUCUUUCUGCGCUAGCGUUGGUUUGAGUUCUCCAACAGGACCUUGUACUGAGGGGUUUUACUGCCCAGCAAACUUCAGCUCCUUCAGCCCCACAGCAUUUCUCUGCCCUAAGGGUCACUUCUGCCAGUUGGGAGCAGCCCGCCCAACACCAUGCCCUGCUGGGGAGUACCAGCCAGCCAGGGGUUCUGCGUCCUGCAUUCCAUGCCAGAGAGGAUUCUACUGCCAGGAGCUGGUGGCUGGAGACCCCAAGAGCUGCCCACCACAUACUUACUGUCCUACAGGCACACAGUUUCCUCAGACGUGUCCUGAAGGCACCUUUACUCCUCCAAAUAUGACUGGCCUCUGGAAUGAGAAGCAAUGCCUGCCUUGCUUACCUGGUCACUACUGCAGGCAUGGACAGCUAGUGGGGAAAUGUGCUGCUGGAUACUUCUGCCUUGCUGGGAGCUCUCAGCCCACUCCACAGGGCCCUGGUUUUUCCUGGCGCUUUCUGUCUGGAUGCCAGUGGGGUGAGGCAUGUGCUGGGCUGUGUCCUGCAGGUUUCUACUGCCUGGAGGGCUCUGAGCUACCCAUACCGUGUCCUGCCAAUACUAUUAGAGAUGUUCCAGGAGCUGGGCAAAAGGAAGACUGCCUGCCCUGUCCACCAGGCCACUGGUGCAAAGCAGGAGACUCAGAAGCCUCUCCAUGUCCCUCAGGACACUAUUGCUUUGGAAGUAAUGGCAGUGAACAAGACAGUCUGUUGACACCUCAGAAAUGCCCUCCACAUACUUACCGCAAGCUCCCAGGAGCUCAGAGCCUGACGGAUUGCCAACCAUGUCCUCCAGGCUAUCACUGCCCUCUAUCAGGUCUAACCAGUUUUGAGGAUUAUCCAUGCCCGCUGGGAUACUGGUGUCCUGGUAAAGGGGAUGCUUUCUUUUGUCCACCUGGCACUUCCAGGGUACAUCCUGGUGCAAAAUCAUUGGAAGAAUGUGAUCCCUGCUCAGCUGGCUACUACUGCCCAGACCCAGCACAGACAGGGCUGCCUAACACCCAAGGAGUACCUUGUGAACCUGGCUAUGAAUGCCCAGCAGGUUCAGUCCAUCCAAAGCCUUGCAGGCCUGGCUCAUAUUGCAGUGCUCGCACAGCCGUGCCCUCCAUGUGCCCUGCUGGGUAUUACUGUCCUGAAGGCUCAUCAACAUACAAUAACCCUGAGCAGCUAUGUGUGUUUCCCUAUUACUGUCCCCUAGGCAGUGCCCGCCCACUGCCCUGUGAAGGAGGAUACAUGGCUCUCAGCUCGCCUGGGCCGAGGGAUUCCUUUGAGAAGUUCUGCAGAAUCUGUGAUGCAGGCAGCUAUCGUAAUGACUCUUUCAUCUCUGCUCCCUGUCAGCCUUGCCCGGCAGGCUUCAUCUGCCCACAAGACAGUGAGACUUACCACAAGAAGCCUUGUCCCAUUGGCUAUUACUGCCCUCCCCUGGCAUCUGCCCCUCUUCCCUGUCCCCCGGGGACCCGUGGGAGCAACAGCUUGGCCAAGAAUUUAGAGGAUUGUCAGGCCUGUCCUGCUGGCACCUUCAAUCACCUUCCUGCUCAGGCUGCCUGCUUUCCCUGUGGCAGCUCCUCUUCAUCACAGCCAGGUGCUACCAGCUGUACCUGCCAUGGGCUGAACCGGGCUUUCCAGCACUCAGAUGCCUCCUGUAUCUGCCAGGCGGGUUAUAUUUACUAUGAUGAGCGAGGCAAGGAAAACUCUGACAGCAACAGUGAUCAGGACUGCCGACCUCAGGUGGACGAGCUCUGUGCUCCUGGAGAGAUCCGUCUAGCAUCUACACGCCGGUGUGUUUUCCCUGAGCAAUAUGACUGCUCUCCAUCUUGUGGGCCUGCGGGUGGAGAGGUUAAUGCAGAGCUGGGCAUAUGUCGCUGUAAACAGUACGUCUCUGCUGAGGAGCUCUGUGACCAAAUGUGUUUGCUGAGAGCCCCACGGAUCUCGUUGGGAUUUGGCAUCAAGAGAGAGCUGCUUCUGAGGGUGGAUGAAGGAGUCAGGGAAGUGACUAAUGUUCUGGGGCCAGAUGAACACGUGCAGAAGAGCCAGAGGGUGCAUUUGGUUCUGUUUAAUCCCAGUGGAGUGCUAGGUUUUGUUGUCUCCAGCAUGGAUGUCUUGGAUGCAUUUCUCUCAGGAAAUUUUUCAUCAGAUCAGUUGGAGCAGAAAGGUCAUCGAGUCCAGAGGGCUCUCUUCAAAGAUAUCCAUGCCUUGCCCCUUGUCCCUAACCCAGUGGUAUGUUUGGAAGCAGGAGACACAAUCCUUUUCCAGCUUAGCAUCAAUUCUCACAAUCGUGCAUCCAGCCACUACCCUGUUUAUCAGAAGCAACAUCUUUAUAACAGCAAUCCCAGCUGGGAUUAUGGACCCUUCCGAAGGCUGGACCACCUCAUCCAGGAGACUUACCUCAACAUCUCCUGGUUUGCCCAUGUUUUCCUGGAGUCUGGGACGUAUGUGUUCAGGGAUAGGACCAUUCAGGAGCACUUUUUGAUUGUGACUGUGAACGAAGCCAAUGUGGGCUGUGACCCCAGAGAUGUGUCCUUCCAGCCCUCUUCUCUGUUCCAGCUGGCCAGACAUGGGAUUUUGAAGCAGCAGAAACUGAACUUAGCUCCUAACUGGGCUUCCAUUACAGCGGUGCUCUUUGUUCUGGGCUUCCUAAUUGUGCUGCUGACAACCCUGGCUAUUGUGCUGCAGCCCACUGUUCCUGUCCUUAGUCCUCUGAUGAGCUGGAAGCCACGAUGGAGGAGCCUGGGUGAGCCACACAUCCCACCAGAGUACGUCCUUCUUAAAGAAAGCCUUCUGUACUAUCAGAUGCUUGGUCCUCGUGGCUCUGGAGGAGAUGCUGCCUUUGGAGAAAAAGGAGCUGUGCAUAAUGAAGCAGGAUGUUGUGCAGUGAGAGACCUGGAGGAUUUCAGUGUCCGCACUCUGUACGAUAAGCUGGAAGAUCAGAAUUUGCACCUGGCAUCUCAGCUGGCAAAGCACAGGAGGGAUGUGUUGGUGUUUUACAAUGGAAUCAGCCAGCAGAUUCAAGGUCUCAUGGACAUGGUGCGAGCACUGGAUGCUAAGGGCCUGAAAAUCCUUACUAGGCAAAGGAUUUGUGGGCAUAAAUCUGCAGGCAGCAGCUGGGCAGCAGUGGGCAUGGAACAGUAUGAGGAGCACUGCGGCAGCAGCUUCCGUGCAGCAGGGCAGGCAGGUGCACUGCAGCAAGAGGCAAUGGAGUUGAUGAAAGCUCUGGAAAUCCUGCUUGGGAGAGCUCAGCCUAAGAACAUGAAACGAGAGAUGGAGCAGCAGAUCCAUGGACAGGACAUGGUGGCAGUUUUAUCCUCACUGCACAGUGAAAAUAAAGCAAAAGUAAUGGAAGGGCAGGAUUAUAAGCUGACUGAGCAAGGAGGGCUCUUCAAUAGGAGGAGUGAUGUCUUCAGCUUCCCUGUGCAUGAAGAAUGCGAGAAAUGCUUAAGAGGCAGUUCCUCAGAGGAUAUGAGUACCCUCAUCCCCAUGGAUCCAGCCACUUUGUCACCUCACCAGUCUGUGGUGUAUCGCUUUGGCUGUGCAGUGGUGCACCUGUUAACCAGGGCCUGCUCAUGUCCUGCUUUGGUGCUCAUGCUGGCUCAGUCCAUUCCUGCCCAGAGUCCAGAUCAAGCUUUUCUCCCAGGCUUUGGAGACUCCUACUACGAUGCCAUUAAUAAGAACCUGUACGUGCAUGCAGCAAGGCUGGAGGAUGCUGGGGAGUUUAUUGCUGUCCUGCUGAACACUGUGGCAUGGAUUGCAGCAGGUUGUCCCUCAGCUGGUACUGCUCGUUCCUGCUUUAUGAUGGAGCUCAACAGAGCUAUUGUGGUUCUCGCCAAUGCCUUUUUCCAGGUUUCAUGGGGGAUAGCAGACAAGGACCCCUCAGGCUCGUCUGAUUGCUUUAACAUUCAGAAAGUGCUCAAAGAACUUCUGAGCAUCAGAGUAGCACCACAUCCCCGUGUCAAGGGAAAAGCCCUGGGUGAAAGUAGGUUGUCUAGACUGCAAAAGUACCAGUGCCUUAGUCUGCAAGAGAGGACCUUAGACAGGAUGGGAAAUUCCCAGGGAGGUGACUGCAGUAGGAAUUCAGACUCCUCUUCUGUUAAGCUGAAGGUUACACAACUGGAGGAAAGGCUGGAUGAACUAAAUGAGGCGUUUGUUGAAUUGACGGUACAGGCCAUGAGUCUGCAAGAAGAUGGGGAUCUCUUGGAGAAAGAGCUGAGAACACAGGAGGAGUCACUUGUGACUGCAAGCAACAAAGAAGCGUGGGGAGCUCAGCGGUAUUCUGAAAUAUUAGAUUGUUGGGCCACUAAGAGGGAUGAAGCCUUGCUGCUGGAAAUAGAGAGGAACUGCAUUGCUCAGAGGAUUGAAGAGAUGGAAGCACAACUAUUGCAUCUUCAAAGUACAGCAGCCAGCAGUUCACUUCCUUGAGGAACCUAACUUAAAAGGCAAUGGCUACAGCAUUGAUGUGUACAUAAUUAGAGAUGCACAUGAUCAAUUAUGUUGUGGAUAAUUCAUAUUUGUUGGGUUUUUAGUUGAUUGAAGUACAUUCAUGCUCAACUAUCAAUAAUGUGUAGACGUGAGAGAGAAGCUGAGUUUCUUAACAUUCUUCAUUAAUUUUAGAGUUUCUGUUGGUAAGUCAGUAAAGCAGAAAUGAUGCGAGGGCACUAAUGGCCCCCACUUAACAAUGUGCUCUGUAUAGCCUCUCACAUCUGACAUCAAGGGUAUUUUUGAGGAUCUUUUAGGUACAGUUUAGAGCCUUACUUCUAAGCCUUGCCCAGCAAGGGCACGCUGCUAUGCAUGUUUUCAUUGUAAUCUUACUGAUCUUAAUGAGGUGUGAGUACACUUAAAUUAUUCCCUGUAGUGAUGACUGCAGCAAUUUGUGUAGCUUCCUGCUCCAUCUCUUUCUGCACAGCAUUCCUUAGUUCCAGCUAAAGUAGAAUAACAUAAAAUUGCUUGACUGUGAGCCAGUACAAUGCCUGGGCAAACCACACAGGUAGGCCUCAGCCAGCUGUUUCCAACAACAAAGCCAGUUCUCUUUUCAUUCUGCAGAAUUUACUGAAUUGCUUAUGCGUGAAGAAAUUUGUGUACCUGUUCCUUCCUGGUUCCUAAACACGAAUCUGUUCUUACUCAUUUUCCCUUAGCAGAGUGUAUUAAUUAGAGGGUGAGACUUCAGUGCCAAGGAGCCCACACAGAAGCCCUCAACUCUGGUCCCACUCUCUGGUGGAUCCAGAGGAACUUCAUGUUCUUUUGCCCUCGCCUCAUUUUGCUGAUUACAAGUUUUCUGAGCUUGCUCUCAGAAGCAGAAGGUUUGUUUUGGUUCCUUUGCAACCUCACCUUGGGAAAAUUCAGUUAUUUGUUGACACUUUGAAGGGCCUUUAAGGAAACAAGAGGAUUUAUGGAAGUCAAAUAUACCUAUUGGCAAACACUAUGAAACAGUGGCAUUUUCUUCCCUAGAUUACAGCAGUGAAAAGGCUGCCAUUGCUCUCCCUAUUGCUUUCUUUUAGGUUAUCAGCAGAUACUUUUAUAACAGUACAACCUGAAGGUAAGCGUCUUCAGACACUGCUGACUCUGUAAUAUCCACAGGAAAACAUCUAGAUAGGUGGUAAAGUUACCUCUGCCUGCUCUGUGUUACAUUUUUAAAAGGCAGACUGGGAGGCAUUAGCAAAUGUGUCAGUUUUUCAUUGCAACAGUUUUCUAAUGGAAAUAACUUUCUGCUUUGGAUUGAAGCAAAGAUAUGUGUGUAGAAUUCUGCUGGAAGUUUUCUCUUAUCCCCAUUGUGGCUCUUUUAACAAGUACACUUCAGCUGUAAGUAAACUGCUUUGGGCUUCAGAA